GUCCAAAGCAUAAUGCCCAGCAACUCCUAUCCCUACCUCCACGUGGUACCGACUGGGAUACGAGCAACCAAGGGAAGAUCGGUGUACCGGUGGGAACUUGGUCGUAUGCUGACAGGGAAGGGGGAGCUGCUUUCCUAGGAGGGCAGCUUGUCCGAGCGUCUGUUCCCCAUAUUAGGGGCGGCUAAAACAGCGUCUGAUCCGGAGCGGACCGCUGAAUCAUGACGCGAGACUAGGCAUCCGCAGCCCUAGUAAGGCAGCAUGCCGGAACAUUAAAAUACUACGAACAAUCAAGAAUUGAAUACGGACCGGAACAAUUGGCAACGACCUAGGCGACGAAAUAAGGACGACGAUCAGAAGCUCGGUACAUGGAUGGAUCGCUGAACGCCCCGGGUGGCGACCGGAUUCUGCUGGAUCAGCUAGAACCCCGCCACUUCGACAUCGUUGCGCAGGAGCUUUGCCGGAAAGGAGAGAAGGUACGGAGGAUUUGUGGCCGCAGGACACAAUACUACCAGAGCGGCGGCACAACCAAUGAGCUGGGUACCGGCUUUAUAGUGCUGGCAGGAUGCUGAGUCGUGUGAUCAAGUGGCAGGCGAUCAGCGACAGGUUGUGUUUAUUGAGAAUAAAAGGCCGGUUCUACAACCACAUUAUCCUCAAUGUGCACUGCCCUCACGAAGGAAGACCUGAUGUGGAGAAAGAAGAGUUCUACGCACAGCUGGAAAAACUCUACGAUAGCUGCUCGCGUAGAGACAUCAAGAUCGUCAUGGGGGCAUGAACGCGCAGAUCGGUAGGGAAGAAAUGUACAAGCCGGUGAUCGGCCCGCCCAGCCUGCACACUGUGACGAACGACAACGGCCAGCGGUGCGUAAACUUCGCAGCUUCCCGAGGACUGGCAGUCCGAAGUACCUUCUUUCCCCGUAAGGACAUCCACAAAACCACCUGAAGAUCACCUGACCUACGUACAGCAAAUCAAAUUGACCAUGUUCUCAUCGACGGCCGCUUCUUUUCAGACAUUACAAACCCACGUACCUAUCGCGGUGCGGAUAUUGACUCGGAACACUACCUAGUUGCGGUAUCAUUGCGCUCAAAACUGUCGACCGUAUACCACGCGAGACACCGCCAAACCCCGCGGCUCAACAUUAAGCAGCUCCGAAACUCUUAGGUUGCGGAGAAAUACGCGCAACAGCUUGAAGAGGUGCUACCCACAGUGGAGGGACUGGGCGCAUUGCCUCUCGAAGACGGCUGGUGCAGCAUUCACACAGCUAUCGGGGAGACCGCAACGGCGACACUAGGAGUGGAAGCACCGAGUGGCAGAAACGACUGGUAUGACGGGGAGUGCGAGGCAGCGGCGGCCUAUGAUACAGUCGAUCGAGAACAGCUAUGGCAGAUCAUGCACGACCACGGAUUUCCGGAUAAACUGACUCGAUUGAUCAGAGCCACCAUGGCGCAAGUGAUGUGCUACGUGCGUGUUUCGGAGAUACUCUCGAGUCCCUUUGAAUCGCGCAGAUGGUUGAGACAAGGUGAUGGACUUUCCUGUUUGCUGUUUAACAUCGCCCUUGAGGGUGUGAUCCGGAGGGCGGGCAUCGACACGAGGGGCACAAUUUCCACAAGGUCUGUUCAGCUUCUGGGCUUCGCGGAUGACUUCGACAUCAUAGCACGUAACUUUGCGACGGCGGAGGAAACUUACACCCGACUGAAAGCCGAAAGCUAGACGAAUCGGACUGCGGAUAAAUGCGUCGAAAACAAAAUACAAGCGAGCGAGAGGCUCCAAGGAGAACAACAUCAGCCUCCCAACUCAAGUCUCUGUAGACGGUGAUGAGCUUCAGGUGGUCGAUUUGUUCGUGUAUUUGAGGUCACUGGUGACCGCCGACAAUAACACCAGCAAAGAGAUCCAGAGACGCAUCCAGGCGGGAAAUCGUGCCUACUUUUCACUUCGGAAGACACUUCGAUCGAAUGGAGUGCGACGACGCACGAAGUUGACGCUGUACAAAACCCUGAUAAGACCGGUGGUCCUCGAGAAACUCGAGGGGAUCGAGAAACAACGCUUCUCGCGGAGGACCAUAACGCUCUUGGAGUUUUCGAACGGAAGGUGCUGCGGACUAUCUACGGUGAAGCACAGACGGACGACGGAGAAUGGCGACGGCGCAUAAACCACUAACUGCACGCGCUGCUUGGAGAGAAUCUCAUUGCACACCUGGCGAAAGUCAAUAGGUUGCGGUGGGCCGGUCACGUCGUAAGGAUGCCGGACGACAACCCUGUGAAAUCACUUCUCUUCAGCAACCCUACCGGCACCAGAAAUAGGGGGGCGCAGCGUGCACGAUGGCUCGAGCAGAUCGAUGGAGACUUGCGGGUGAUGAAACGCCUGGGGAGCUGGCUAAACACAGCCCAAAACCGAGCAACAUGGCGACAAAUUCCUGAUACAGCACGAGCCACCACGGCUCUCGUCUGAUUGGUAAGGUAAUUGAGUAUACACUGAAGCAACUCCUUCCACUGAUAACCUCUGGAUAUCCAGAUGUAUCUUUCUCGCCGAUCUCGAUUUAAAUACAUUGGACAACCGAGCGCGAAUUUGCCUACCACGAGAUAGUGAUCCGAGUCGAUGUUUGGCCCUCGAAAGGGCCGCACAUCUAUGAUGUCUGAAAAGUGCCAGCCGUCGAUCAGCAUGUGGUCGAUCUGGGAAGCCUCUCCAUUGGGGUGUUUUCGGGUGUGCCUCCGAAUGUUCAGACGUGCAAAGUGGGUACUACAGAUGGCCAUUCUCCUAGCCGCGGCGAAUUUCCCUUCUUCACAUACUGUCUGCUUAAUGAACUUGCGUGUUAACGGGAAAAAGCCGUUGUUAAAACUAGAAAUUUAGUUCGAAAAAUACAAAAGCCAUUUGUUCUUCACGAGUAAACGCAAUCUGAAUUUCUGUUGAAAGUAAUGCAUCGUUUGUUCCUUUCGUUCUACGGAAACCAAACUGCGUGUGUGACAAUAAAUUAUUACUUUCAACCCAAUCGUCUAAGCGAUACAGAAUCAUUUUUUCAAAUAAUUUUCGAAUACAGGAAAGCAUUGCAAUUGGACGAUAUGAAUUAUGGUUAGAAGCAGGUUUUUCAGGUUUUCGAAUAGCAGUCACCUUCACUUGUCUCCAAAAGCGAGUAAAGGCGCUAUAUCCUUGGUUUUGAAAGCCGAACAUAAGGAGGAAAUACCUAUGUUCCAUCCCAGGAGAUUGGUCAACAAAGAAGUGUACUUUCUUAGCCUUUUCACUCCCAACGAAUAAGGUAUAUUAUUUCUUACAUACGGAUCGGUUGGUACGGAUUGUCCCCGAUCUUAGAUUAUAUUGUAUUAUAUUGCGCUACACAGUAGGCCUGGCCGUUGACAAGAAAAAUGUAUGGAAAUCAUUUUUUUAAAUGAUGGAUAUCAUUUUCCAGGAUCCUUUCAAGUACUGGCUGUGUUAGUGUAGACUAGACUAGACUAGACUAGACUAGCAGUCACCUUCACUUGUCUCCAAUCAAGUGGAAUGGCGUUUAGCUCAAAAAACUUAUUGUAUAAAUCUAACAAAAGUCUCUUGGCAUUGUCUGGUAGAUUCUUUAUCAAAACUAAUUUAAUUUUAUCCAAACCAGGUGCGUUUUUUUUUCUUCAUCUAUAACUUAUUUGACACGGCACAAAUACAAAUUAAUGUUUAACGGCGCCAAUUAUAUCUGGUAGCUAACUUUCUAAAGUAUCUUAAUAACUAAAAGAAUUUUUUUCCUCGCUGCCGACUACAAGCUGAAACAAAAUCUAACUUAAAGCUAGAAUGUUUUGCACUAAAAGCACUGGUUUGUUGUUUGUUGGUUUUCCAUUGCCAUAGGUAAACAGCAUAUUGAAUAUGUUCCGCUGCUGGGCCAAGAUAUUACGGACUGGCAUAUUGGGUUGUCUCCCUCGGGCCCUGAGGGUAUCGUGCGGGUCUGGUUGCUGUUCACUGAUCCGGGGCCUUAACGUGUUCUUGUCGUUUGGUUGGAUGUAGGUGGAAGGGAAUAGGACUGAACUGGGGCAUGAAUGGAUGUCAGGAAAACGUAUAUGAGGGACAUGUAGGGUAGGUCACGGCUCGCCAAGACAUCACGAACAGGAACAGCCGGUUGCCUACCUUCGGCCUGCAGGGAAGCUAUUAAUUUAGACCUGGCGUCACGGUGUACAGGGCAUGACCAAACAACGUGCUCUAUGUCGUGAUAACCUUCACCACAGGCACAGAUACCACUUUCCCCGAGCCCAACACGACGGAGAUGCGCGUCAAAUCUAUAGUGAUUGGACAUAAGCCGGGACAUCACGCGAAUGAAAUCCCGACCUUCAUCCAACCCCUCGAACCACGGGCUCGUCGAUACCUUGGGGAUGAUGGAAUGUAACCACCUUCCCAAUUCCCCUCUGGUCCAAGAAUUUUGCCAACAGAUGAUCGUAUUCUGACGUACGAGUGCGAAAAAUUCAUUACAGGCAAUUGGUCUUUCAUAAAUAUCACCGUUUGUUGCGCCCACCUUAGCCACAGAGUCCGCUUUUUCAUUGUCCGGUAUCGAACAGUGAGAAGGGACCCACACUAAGGUAAUCUGAAAUGAUUUUUCGGAUAAAGCACUCAAAUGUUCCCGUAUUUUUCCCAGGAAAUACGGAGAGUGAUUACAAUUUUUAAUCGAUCGGAGAGCACUGGAACUGAGACUAUCCGUAAAGAUGAAAUAAUGGUCCGUGGGCAUUUUUUCGAUAAUCCCUAGGGUGUACUGAAUUGCAGCUAAUUCUGCGACGUAAACAGAAGCAGGAUUAUCGAGCUUAUGGGAGACGGUUAAAUUGUUAUUGAAAAUACCGAAGCCAGUGGACUCAUCAAGAAGUGAUCCGUCAGUGUAGAACACAUUUUCGCAGUUGAUAUUUCGAUAUUUAUUGGAAAAAAAUUUGGGGGCCUGCUGCACGCGUAAAUGAGCCGGGAUUCCACGAGUUUCUUCUAUCAUGGAUGUAUCGAAAAACACAGUAGAAUCAGAAGUAUUUGAUAAGUUGACACGAUUUGGAAUAUUCGAAGAAGGGUUAAUAUUUUGGGACAUGUGAUUGAAAUAUAAUGUCAUAAAACGGGUUUGAGAGUUAAGUUCGAUUAACCUUUCAAAAUUUUCAAUCACGGGACGGUUCAAGACCUCACAUUUGAUAAGAAUACGAGAAGACAGGCUCCAGAAGCGGUUUUCAAUGGUAGUACUCCAGCUAAGACCUCCAAACUCAUCGUAUGGGUCGACUGCAUGCAACCUAAGGCGAUACGCAAACAACGAUAUUGUAUUCGCUCCAGUUUGAUCAAAUGUGUGUUUGCUGCGGAGCGGAAGCAGAAACACCCGUAUUCAAUAACAGACAAUAUCGUUGUUUGGUAAAGCCUUAUAAGGUCUCCUGGAUAGGCUCCCCACCAUUGUCCGGUUAUUGUACGAAGAAAAUUCACUCUUUGUUGACAUUUUUUCAUCAGAUACCUCACGUGACAACCCCAGGUGCCUUUAGAGUCGAACCAGACACCAAGAUAUUUGUGUACCAAAACCUGAGAAAUCGUUUUACCCAUUAAUUGUGUUUGAAGCUUAGCAGGUUUAUGCUUCCUAGAAAAAACUACUAUCUCAGUCUUCUCCGGAGAGAAUUCGAUACCUAGCUGUAAAGCCCAAGCAGACAAAUUGUCGAAGGUAUCUUGCAAUGGUCCUUGAAAAUCGGCAGCUUUGGCACCUGUAACAGAGAUUACACUGUCGUCUGCAAGUUGUCUUAUCGUGCAUGAAUUUGCCAGACAUUCGUCGAUGUCAUUUACAUAAAAGUUGUAAAGAAGGGGGCUUAAACAUGAGCCCUGAGGAAGACCCAUGUAGCUAAUGCGAAAAGUUGCCAAAUCGCCGUGCGUAAAAUGCAUGUGCAAAAAAAUGUUUAAAAUUGGAGAAAAUCCUUGUCGGUGAAGAUUACCCGGAAGAAUGUCAAUAGAAACGGAAUCAAAAGCCCCCUUAAUGUCCAAGAACGCAGACGCCGUUUGUUCUUUGCAAGCAUACGCCAGCUGAAUAUCUGUUGAAAGCAACGAAGAAAAUCAUUCGUCCCUUUGGCACGGCGGAAGCCAAAUUGAGUAUCUGAUAGUAGACCGUUUGAUUCGACCCAAUGGUCUAAACGACGGAGUACCAUUUUCUCCAUCAAUUUCCGGAUACAGGAUAGCAUUACAAUCGGCCUAUAUGAGUUAUGAUCAGAAGCUGGUUUCCCUGGUUUUUGGAAGGCGAUCACCUUCACUUGCCUCCAAUCCUGCGGUACGAUAUUUUGCUCCAGGAACUUAUUGAACAAGUUCAACAAGCGCCUCUUGGCAUUGCCGGGUAGAUUCUUCAACAAGUUGAAUUUGAUUCUAUCUAACCCAGGCGCGUUAUUGAUACAGGACAGGAGGGCAACUGAAAAUUCUGCCAUCGUGAAGGUGAUUCUAUCGCGUCGUGGCCCGGAGACGCAUCGCGAACAAUGUUUUGCUCAGGAACAGAGUCCGGACAUACUUUCCUGGCAAAAUCAAAUAUCCACCUACUCGAAGACUCCUCGCUUUCGUUGACCGUUACGCGAUUCCGCAUUAUUCGGGCUGUGUUCCAAAGAGUGCUCAUCGAUGUCUCCGUCGACGUCUCGUUCACGAACCGACGCCAAAUUCCGCGUUUUUUUGCUUUAGCCAAGCUUUUAAGCUUGGUAUCAAGCCCCGAAUCCCGUAAAUAGUCGCCAGGUAUACCUCCCUUCUGGAAGACCAAAAACGCGUCGGAUCUUUGCGUGUAGACAUCGGAGCACUCUUGGCCCUACCACGGAGUGGGAGGCCGCUCUUUGAUCGUUACGCCGGGAUAUUUCUUCGUUUGGGCUUGCAACGCGGCGUCGAGAAUCAAGCCCGCGAGGAGGUUGUAUUCUUCAAGUGGUGGAUGAUGUUGAAUCGACUCGACCGCUUUUGAAAUCAUUUCCUCGUAUAACUUCCAAUCGACAUUCCGUGUAGGGUCAUAUGGAAUGUCAAUUGGUCGCAUGCGAGGUAACCCGUUAGUAAUUGAAAUGAGAAUAGGCAAAUGGUCGCUACCGUGAGGAUCGAGGAUUACCUUCCAUGUGCAAUCUAACCGUAGCGACGUCGAACAUAAAGAGAGAUCCAAAGCGCUUGGCCGCCAUGGAGGUUUCGGGACACGUGUCAUUUCACCGUUGUUUAAAAUUGUCAUAUCGAAGUCAUCGCAAAGGUUAUAGAUCAAAGAGGAGCGGUUAUCAUUGUAAGGGGAGCCCCAAGCCACGCCAUGAGAGUUAAAAUCUCCUAAUAUCAAACGCUGCGAGGGGAGAAGUUCUAUUAAAUCAAAGAGCAACCGUUGCCCAACCUGUGCUCUGGGGGAAUAUAUAUUGAGGCAAUACAAAGCUCUUUACCUUGUAUUGUCAUUUGACAUGCGACAACUUCAAUGCCUGAAAUCGAGGGGAGGUUAAUACGAUAAAAAGAAUAGCACUUCUUAAUCCCUAGAAGUACCCCUCCAUAUGGAGUGUCUCGAUCAAGGCGAAUAAUAUUAAAAUCAUGGAAGUUGAAAUCAGUAUUCGAAGUAAGCCAAGUUUCACAAAGGUAAAAUGCAUCGCAUUUGUUUUUAUUUAUCAAAACUUUAAACGAAUCAAUUUUUUGUAAAAUACUUCUACAAUUCCGCUGUAAGACAGAGAUAGAAUCCUUCAUAUACGCAGUUGAAUUAGGCAUCGAAGGAUACAAUCGCUGCAAGGAGGGGCCAUUGGGCAGUCAACUGCUUCAAAAAUGAUCUAACUGUUGGGAGGAAUGCUGCAAGAAAAAUUUUGAUUGGAUAGGUUACAUUGAAAGUUUCAAAAAUCCAGUCCACAAUGUCAGAGAAUUUCACUAGUCCUGAGUUUGUUUCAUCAACUGGAUGUGCAAAAGGAACAACUGGGGUUUUAGAUGUUCCUGACAGUGCAGGGAACUCCGUCUGGGACUUUAAAUUUGCAAGCCCAGGAGGAGAUUGCUUCGGUUUUCCCGCAGCACUGUUUGGUUUGUUUAUACCUUUAAUUCCACUUUGGGAAAUCUUAGGACCUUUUCGGGGGAGCUUAGGAGAGGAAAUAUUUUUCCUCUUUCUAGACUCCCCAGGAUUGGCAUAAGAUGUUCCCGCUGGUGAAUCAUCAGAAUCGGUUUCAUCAGAGGACAACAGAUCAAAGGGGUUUGAUGUUAUGGGAGAGGUGGUAACGGUUUUCUUUAGCAUAUCAGCGUAAGAACGCUUUGAACGCUCUUUAAGAGACCAUUUUAAUUUAUCCCUGCGCUGCAUAUACAGCGCACAUGUCGAGAGCUCAUGCUGAUUUUCCCCACAGUGCAUUUUUCAGCAUUUUUACUGCAGGAAUCAUCCGCAUGAUUUUCCCCACACUUGCCACAACGUGCCUUAUUACAGCAGUAGGCGGCGGUGUGACCAAACUGCUUACAAUUCAGGCAGUUUACGACGCGAGGUACAUAGAGCCGCACAGGGAGUCGAACCCGGUGGAUCGAAACGUGGCUAGGCAAUGCAGACCCGGCGAACGUAACUCGAAACGAGUCUGACGGAGUGUACACUUUUGUGCCGCCGACGAGAGAUGCAGACCGCAAUUGCUUGAAGUCCAAAAUCUUUAUUUUUACAUCGGUGCACAAUGAAUUUUUGAAGCAACCGAAGCCACUUUGUAAAAUACACUCGACCGACAGACUCGAAUCGGUUAGGACACCGUCGAUCUCCACGUCUCGUGCGGGUAUAUACACGCGAUACUCGCGUGUAAAGAGCUCAGAGCAAGCUAUAGCGUUGGCCUGUUCAGGUUACUGACACGACACGGAGCUUGUUAGGUCUGACCUUGGAUAUUUCGGUCACGGCCUUGUACCCGUUCGUCAGUUCUUUGGAACUCUGCAGUAUAUUUAACGGCUUUGAUUUCGCUCCUGCCUUUGGCCGAAAGAAAACAGUAUAGCUGCUCUGAGAUCUGUCCGGGUAGAGCCUGGGGCGAGGGGUCGUUGCAUCAGCAACCGAGGGGGAUUGAGUGGGAUGGACAUGAUCGGGAGGGUUCGAAGAAGGGAGACCAGAGGUUGAGGGAUCUACAUCCAUUGCGCUAAGCUAGUGCGCUAGCUUUAUAGACAAGAAUCACGUACCUUCUUUUUUUUCCUUUCUCUCCUUUUCUUUUGUGUUGAAAUUCUCUUCCAUUGCCGGAGCACAAAUCACUCAACAGCCAAAUCGGCUUACACACCAGUAGGCAGCUACGCUGCGAGACAGUUGCACAAAGGCGGGCGACCUUGAACGCGGAUUAAGAGACUCGACCAGGCAAACAAUGCCAGCACUUGCUUACACGUGUUUUGUAUUAUAUUCUAUCGGAGCGAUCACCAAACACGUCCGAUACUGAUGCGUUUUCGGCACAGAAUGAAACCAGGUGCAUUAUUAUUGCAUGAAAAAAGGGCAAUAGAUAGUUCGGUAUUUGAAAAGGUAAUGAAAAAGGAACAAUAUUUUGUGUGGGAACAGUGUCUGGACAUACUUUUUUGCAAAAUUCAAUAUCCAUUGGUUCGAAUAUUCUUCACUUUCAUUAAUUACAAUUUGAUUUCUCAUUCUCCUAGCCGUAUUCCAAAGAGAACUCAUAGAUGUUUCUUUUGAAAGCUCAUUAGCGAAUCGUCGCCUAUAACCACACUUCUAGCAUCGCGUAUCAUACAAAGUCUUUAAUUUUUCCUUUCCUCCGAAAAACUUUGAAGGCAUUAGAUUUUUCCAAGUAAAUUUUUGAGCACUCUUUGUCCCACCAAAGAGUAGGAGGUCGUCUUCUAGUUGAAACACCAGGGUAAUUUUUCAUUGGGCUAAUAUUGCGGAAUUCAAAAUUAAGCCGGCAAAUAAAUCAUAUUUUCCAAGUAGUGGAAGCUGUUGUAAGGACUCUAAAAGCUUCUGGAUUUAUUUCUCUAUAAACUUCCCAAUUAAUAUUUAAUGUAAGGUCAUACGGAACGUCGAUUGGUCGAGUACUGUUUGUCCCACUGCUAAUUGAAAUCAAAAUUGGUAAAUGAUCACUACCAUGAGGAUCCAGGAUGACUUUCCACGUGCAAUCUAACCGUAAUGAUGUUGAGCAUAAUCAUAAAUCCAAAGCGCUUGGACGAACCGGAGGCCUAGGAUUACGUGUCAUAUCUCCAUUGUUUAAAACAGUCAUAUUAAAAUUAUCACAAGGAUUAUAAAUCAAGGUGGAGCGGUUAUCAUUGUAAGAUGAACCCCAAGCUACACCAUGAGAGUUAAAAUCUCCCAAUAUUAAACAGGGUGCGGGUAGAAGCUCGACAAUCUCAGAGAGCAUUCGUGAUCUAAUUAGUGCUCUAGGAGGGAUAUAUACAGAAGCAAUUUAACAAGCCACAGGUUUAAUGCCUUGAAUUGAAGGUAAAUUAAUUCUAUACAAAGAAUAACUUUUUUUAAUUCCCAAAAGUACACCUCCAUAAGGAAUAUCUCGAUCUAAACGUAUGAUAUUGUAAAGGUUAAAGUUGAGAUCAAUAUGAGAAGUAAGCCAUGUUUUACAAAUAGAAAAUGCAUCGCAAUUUAUAUUAUUAAUCAUAAUUUCGAAUAAAUCGAGUUUCGGAAUGAUACUUCUACAAUUCCAUUGUAGCACAGAAAUAAAAUCGUUAGUUGCUGACGAUGUGUUAGUCUUCGAAUGAUAUUAACAUUGAAAUGAGGGACCAUUGAGAUGUAAGCUGCUUUAAAAAUGUUUUAAUAACUGGAAGUAAUCAAGUAACAAAUUUAUUCAAAGGUUCCGGUAUGUUCAAUGAUUCAAAAAUCUAGUUUAUAACAGUAGAAAAUUUCAAAAAUCCUGAUUUUGUUUAGUCAUCUGAAAGUAUGGAUGUAUUGACUGAAACUUUGGAUGACAGUCCUGGGAAGUCCUUUGUUGAUUUUAAGUUCAAUGUUCCAAGAGUUUGGUUUGAAUUUUCAAUAGUAUGAUUAAAUUUAGGAAUGUUAGCUAUAUUAUUUAGUGAUAUUUUAGGACCUUUAUUGGGAAGUUUAUGAGAAGAAAGACUUUUUCUUUCUAUCCACCAGAAUUUGAAAAAGAUGGACCAGCAACAGGAAUGUCACAUUCAGUCUUUUUUUUUUUUUUUUUAUUCUCGCUUAUUUUCCGUCGGUCUAGUUCCGCCACUGUUGUGGCCAAUCACCGACGCCCAGGUAGGCGACUCCACACCCAGGACCCUAACUCACGACCCGUUUAUUAACGGACCGGCGCCAACGGCUUUACUUCCUCAUGCGAUGGAAGGCGUGAUCCCAGAGAUUUUUCGCCUCAGAAAAUCUCCCGGUUUCGGCUAGGAUUGAAUCUAGACCAGUUUGGGUUGGUUGUGAGUGGAUCACGCCACCUCACAACCAUCGACACCUAUGUCGGCGGUGGGAUUCGAACCCAGGCGUCGAGCGUGGUUGGCGGAGACGUUACCAACCACACAAGGCCCCCGCUCGUUCAUUUUACUUGUCAGGGGUAAUAUAAUGCAAGAGUAAUUUGGUCUUAUCAGAGGAUAUUAGAUCAUAUAUGUUCGAUAAGAUAAAGCAUGCUGUAGUUUUCUUAAGAAGAUCAGAAGAAUAACGUUUAGAGCGAUCUUUAAGAGAUUGCUUUAUUUUAUUUUUGUGUUGUACGCAUAAAGAACAUUCUGAAAGUUCAUGUUGAAUUUCACCACAGUAAUAACAUUUAUCAUUAACUUGAUUGCAAGUAUCAUCAAGAUGAUUUCCCCCACAUUUGCCGCAUCAGCUUUUAUUACAACAGUAGCAAGAUGUAUGGCCUAAAUGUUUGCAAUUCACGCAGUUCAUGUCCGGCGGAAUAAAUAAACGAACAGGUAUGAGAACAUUGUGAAUUGAGAUCUGAGAAGGUAAAGCUGAUCCCGCAAAAGUAACUCGGAAAGAAUCAGAAGGAGAAUAAAUUUUCUUCCCUUCUACAUCUGAAACAUAUUUCAGUUGCUUACAGUCAAGUCAUUUUAACCGAUGGAAUUUCAGUACUUUCAAAAUAUCCAAGACUGUUUUUUAAAAGACAGUCCAUGGAUAAACUGCAAUCGGUUACAACACCGUCAAUUUCUACAUCUCGUGCUGGAACAUAAACACGAUAUUCACGAGUAAAAAAUUCAGGAGGAGCAAUUUUGUUAGCCUGAAUAAGGUUAUUAACCACAACUCUUAGUUUGUUGGGCCUGACCUUAGAAAUUUCAGCAAUGGACUUAAAAUGCGAAUGUCCCAUUUUAGGUUGGAAAUAAACAAUAAAUCAACCACAUGAUCCAUCUGAUAGUGGAUAGAGGCCGACGAUAGAACCGGAUAGAGGCCGACGACUUCGAGGCAGACCGCGCACGCGUUGGAUGUGUGCUGUCGACGAGGAUGCCAGAGCAGCGGGUUUAAGGGGAGACUGGAGAGUAGCAGCCCAAAACAGAGUUUUGUGGAGACGUAUUCUGGAUUCGGCAUAGGAUCUUAAUGAUCUGUCGCCAUAAAAGUAAACUGAACAUUUGAGAAGUCAUUUUUGGGUACAUCGGUUUAAACAGCUUGGCUCAUACGCGCUAGGAAACACUGAAUAUGACAGAAUAUGUAAACACCUCAAACUGAACUUACAUGAAUGUGUAAACCUCAAACUCAACUCUAACACGGAAACUUACUCCAAUCAGGGCAGCAUCAGGAUCAAUGGACAAAAAAUCUGAAAACCACUCAAGAUUCAUCGCUCAUAGCAAAGAAUCCGUCACUAGAUCCAGGCCACAGUUAAUAAAACAUGCUGAAAAUUUAAAAGUUUUUGAUAGAACAGAAAUAAUUCCAAAAUGUUCUUAAUAUCGUUCGUCAUUUGUUCCUUACAUAAAACACAAAUAUCAGCCAGAUAUCACGAGAAAGGAACGUAAAAAUAUAUUAUCUAAACCACUUUCGAGUAAAAAAGCCGAAAAUGCUGAUGUUAUGUUAGUGCCCAAUGUAUUCACUAUUAUGGAGUUUCCAGUUACGAAGCGACAAUCUGCACCAAAAAUAUCAAACAUUGAUUUUGGAGGUAAUUUUAGCAGGACGCCAUCGGAAUACCGGCAAUGUUACAGAAAAUAUGACACUUUCAUGAAAAGUGGCCCUAUCAAAAACAUUGAUAAUCUGUGCUUAAGUGGAAAACUUGACUUCAACCCUGAAUAUAAGCAUCGUUUUCAAAAACCUCUAUCUAAUAUGCUAUACAGAUCAUCAUAUACAAAAAGGGAAGACAGUCUUCAUUUAGAAGGCGAUUUUUUUUGCCGAACACCAGAAUAUUUCAGUAGCUAUCAAAACCCUCAUAUAACACAUCGGCCGGAAUAUGCCAAACCAAUAAAUACAAUACUGCAUCUCGAAGGAAACUUGAACUACGAGCCGUUAUACAGGAGCUGCUAUAUCAAUUAUCCUGUGAGGCGGCCAGUAUUGACGAAACCGGAAUCGAACAUCAGAUUGGAAACUUUAAAUUGUUUUAUAAAUAAAAAAAUGGAUCAAGAAAACAAUAGUCGAAAACAACGUUCUAGAAUACCCAUAAGAUAUCAUCACAAUACUGAGCAAGAACUAAAUACAUUUACAUCCCAACCUGAAUAUCGAAAAGCAAAACGUGAACUGCUUAUAAAACCUCGAGCACCGUCUUCUUUGCAAAAAAGCACGUUAGCGCAACAAAUUCUUAACGAACAACACAAAAUAGGAAUGUUGCAAGAUGGAUGUAAUGUUUCGAACAAAGUGAUAAACGAGGAUUACUUUGAGGCUAGUCAACGAACAUUAUUUAAUCCUAAAAACCACACAUUCAAGUUAAAGGUAGAUAACGUCGACAUAGGGAAAAAUAACACAACCGUCAACGAUAGCGAAUAUCAUAUAAAAACUUCAAAGGCAUCAAUCCAGAAACAACAUGAUACUAUUCAGUUAUACAAACAUAGCAAACAAAGUUCAAUGCGAAAUCAGAGCCAAAUUGUUGAAGCUAAUAUCAACUAUACAAGCAAGAACUUCAACAAGAUUUGCAAUGACGGUUCUGAUGGAAAGCUUCCAACAACGCAUUCAUUUGUAGUUAUAAAUGCCCCUAUAAAACAGAAAAACAAACACUGGCUAGGACCUGCCACUAUUUACGACUCCCAAGUUUAUUGAAUUAUAUAAGCAGAAUUGAACGAAAAUAUCAAAUCAUAAUUGUCGUGUAUCUAGUACCACCGAAAUAUUAAUGGAAAACAACUGAACGCUAACAAUAGAUUGGCAAUUGCAUAUA